AUGUGCGCGCAAACAACCUUCACCUUACUUGACCACCUAAACAAAUGGAUGAGGUAUAAUAAGACACUGCACUCUGUAUCUCUUGACGCCAGCAAUCCUACAUCAAAGGCCGUUAAGUCAAUAACGGAGCACAACAUAUCCCUGCUGGGAUCGUUCCUAUCUCGUGUUCCUCAACACGUCCUCUCCAUCACUUCCUUCAACUGCGGCGCCUACACCAGGUCCCUCUUCCACCACGAACAACACAUCAAAUCGUCGUCGUCGUCAUCAUUGCCAUCAUCUUCGUCGUCGUCUUCCUCAUCGUUGAAACUGUACAUAGCACUGGACGAGCCAGACGGGGUGGCUGGUCUGAUGUCCAUGCAGGACUCGCACCCCUCACUCACUCAACAAAUACUAGCCUAUGAAAGUGUCGGUAAGUUGCUAUCGGACGCCUCAACCUGCUACGAUCGGGCCAUCCAGAUGGAGCCAAACAACAUGAAACUCCGAAUGGGACACCUCAGGAAUAAGAUCCAACAUGGAGAACUCAACUCUGUACUCAGUCUCACAAAUGGAAUGAUCGGCGAGGAUUCCUCGCGACUGAAAGAGUUGAACAGAUUCAGAGUGGAAGCAUCGUGGAAGCUGGGACAUUGGGAUCUACUGGAACAAUACCUCGAUACUGAAGAUAAGACAUCAACAGAUUGGAAUGUUGGACUAGGAAAGCUCCUGAUGGCUGUUAAAUCUAAAGAUGCGCAAAGUUUCCACCAUUCAAUGACCCCACUGAGGUUGAACCUAAUCAUUCCCCUAUCGGCGGCCAGCAUGGAGGUGGGCUCCUACAGUAGGGGCUACGAAAGUGUCGUCAGACUUCAUAUGUUGAACGAGCUGGAAGAAGCAGCCGCAUAUAUAUUCAAGAGCGACAAGAGGAAGACAAAGAGAGAGGAUCAGCUGGUUCAGACGUGGACGGCGAGAUUGGAAAUAUGUCAACCCUCCUACCGCACCGUAUCUCCCAUCUUGGAUCUGAGGCGCGCCAUGCUGUCACUGAUGCGCGAUAAGAAAGAUAAGAAAUCAUCGAAGACGGAAGUGACGUCACUGUCAGCGUCAUCAUUAUCAUCAUCGUACGGGUUGAUGCAGACGGCUCACAGUUGCCUGUUGAGUGCAGGCAAUCACCACAAAGCAGACUUCUGCAUGGAGAUGGCUUCGUGGCUCUGGGAUAGGUCCCAUCAUCACAACAACCACAACUUCAACAUCAUCUUCUCAACAUCAGCUUCAUCAUCAGUCCCAUCAACAACUUCAACAUCAUCUUCUCAACAUCAGCUUCAUCAUCAGUCCCAUCAUCACAACAACCACAAACAGCUUCUGUUGCAGCUGACUCGAUACAGUGACGAGACAUCAAGCUUAGAGGUGCACAACCUGCUGCAAAUGUUCAAGGAGGCUAAGGAGCUGAACCAGAAGUCUGAGGAAAUUUUCUUCUACAUGGGCAAGUUCUAUGAUAAGUUGCAGACCAACAUCAUUGAGGGUGAUAAUAAGAAGGAUGUUGAAGAUAAGCGAUGGUUGGUUUUCGUGGGCUUUGACUUCAUGCAGUCACUGACGUUCGGCAACCACUUCAUCUACCAAUCACUACCACGCCUCCUUACGCUCUGGCUGGACUUCACGGCAGAGGCGGGCAACUCGGAGGAAAACAUCGACAAGAUUAAUAAGGCGGUGAACACAGCAAGGUCGAGGCUGUCUUCAUUUCAACUCCUUGUCGUUCUACCUCAAUUAAUAUCUCGAAUAUGCCACACUAGAAUUGAUGUCUUCAAUCUUUUGAAGGAUAUUGUGGUGAAGGUGCUACGAGAUUAUCCGCAACAAGCCAUGUGGUUGAUGGUGGCGGUGUCCAAGUCCUCCUACCAAGUAAGGAGCAGAAAGUGUCAGGAAAUCUUUAACAAAGCUAGAUCUGUGAAACCCGAACUCACUAAGUUCCUUCACGACUCAACAAAAUUUGCAGACUUCUUGAUCGAGUUGUGCAACAAAGACCUGAAGGAAACAUCAUCAACGACGGUCAACAUAUCACACAUCUUCAAGCCACUAUUCAGGUUCCUAUCUGAUAAAGACUUGAGCCAGAUCUUGAUGCCUCUAGAGAGCCAGAUGACUCCGGUCCUCCCCAACGUUCAAAUCCCUGAGUCAGCAGAUCAAGUCCAGUGCACGAGGAAUGCAGUUUACAUUGCUGGUAUCGAAGAUUAUGUGGAUGUGCUUGUUUCAUUGCAAAAACCAAAGAAGGUGACAUUCAGAGGGAGUGAUGGCAAGAAAUACGUCAUGCUGUGUAAGCCUAAGGAUGAUUUGAGGAAAGACGCACGUCUCAUGGAGUUCACAGGCAUCGUCAACAGAUGCCUCAAGAAGAACUUCAACUCCAGACGGAGAAAUCUUCAUAUUAGAACCUUCACAGUGACGCCAUUGGACGAGGAUUGUGGCAUGCUUGAGUGGGUCCCUAACACGACGGGCUUGAGGCCGAUCCUACUCAAACUGUACAAGGAGAAGGGCUUGUACAUGUCUGGUAAGGAGCUCAAGUUACUACAGACUGCACCGAAAGAAAUAAUUGAGAAGAAGUUGAUGAUCUUCAAAGAAAAACUCCUCACUCGACAUCCACCCGUCUUCAGUGAGUGGUUCGUCAAGACCUUCACAGAUCCUGCUUCGUGGUACAGCGCGAGACUUUCUUACUGUCGAACGACGGCCGUGAUGAGCAUGGUGGGCUACAUCCUGGGUUUGGGGGACAGGCACGGCGAGAACAUCCUUUUCGAUUCAACCUGCGGCGAUUGCGUCCAUGUUGAUUUCAGUUGCUUAUUUAACAAGGGUGAGCAGUUUGACUACCCAGAGCUUGUACCAUUCCGACUAACCCACAACAUGAUCGACGCUAUGGGGGCACUGGGUUACGAGGGCAUAUUCCGGAAGUCAUGUGAGGUCACUAUGAGGGUGAUGAGGGAGGAGAUGGACUCCCUGAUGAGCGUCCUAAAGACCUUCAUAUUUGAUCCCCUGGUCGAAUGGAAGAAGCCAGCCGGUGGUAGGAACAACCCGAAAGAGACCGGAGAGAUCAGAAAUGAACAGGCUCAGACACACGUAAAUAACAUCGAGAACAGACUGAGAGGCUCGCUGAAGAGCAAGAUGAUUGGAUUUCCUCUGUCCGUGGAGGGUCAAGUUAGCAGUCUUAUCAAGGAAGCCACGGAUGAGAAAAACUUAUGCCAAAUGUAUUUUGGCUGGGCCGCCUAUAUGUAA